AUCUCGCCGUCUUUUCUGCCCGUGUCCCCUCGCCGGCCCCGCCAUGCUGUCUCUAGAUUUUUUGGACGAUGUGCGGCGGAUGAACAAGCGGCAGCUCUAUUAUCAAGUCCUAAAUUUUGGAAUGAUUGUCUCCUCGGCACUAAUGAUCUGGAAGGGGUUAAUGGUCAUAACUGGAAGUGAAAGUCCAAUUGUAGUGAUGCUCAGUGGCAGCAUGGAACCUGCAUUUCAUAGAGGAGAUCUCUUUCUAACAAAUCGAGUUGAAGAUCCCAUAUGAAUGGGAGACAUUGUUGUUUUUAGGAUAGAAGGAAGAGAGAUUCCUAUAGUUCACCGAGUCUUGAAGAUUCAUGAAAAGCAAAAUGGACAUAUCAAGUUUUUGACCAAAGGAGAUAAUAAUGCGGUUGAUGACCGAGGCCUCUAUAAACAAGGACAACAUUGGCUAGAGAAAAAAGAUGUCGUGGGGAGAGCGAGGGGAUUCGUUCCUUACAUUGGGAUUGUGACGAUCCUCAUGAAUGACUAUCGUAAAUUUAAGUAUGCAGUACUGUUUUUGCUGGGUUUAUUUGUGCUGGUCCAUCGUGAGUAAGAAGUCUGCCUUGCUGUUCCUGGAAGAUGCUGUACUUUUUGUUCCUGAAUGUUUGGAGUAGAUAUCAAUCUGUGGUUGGUGGAAUGGAGAACACAUGUUGGCGCUUCUUGGUAGCACUGGUUUGCAUUAGUUUAUGUUUCCACGCCAGAGUACGUGUGGGCGGGUGCAUGUGCACCACAGCGUGCACUCGAGGGGACUUUCAAUCACAGAAUUUCAUAUGUUGUCAUUG